GCUGUCUGUAACUACUGACCUGCACACGUUUCACACACCCACACACCCACUUCUCGGACAUAAUGACAUACAGGAGGGAUGUAUCCACGGAGAGUGGAUAGAGAGUUUGGGUGGCUCGGGCUUAUUAAUUUUCCAUGAUCAAAUGGCGAGAGCAAACAUUGAGGCGAGGACAGUGAGGAAGCAGGCAGCAGAUAGACCCUCGCCUCCGAUCAAAGCAGCUGGACAGCAUUCAGAUAAGCACCACUCCUCCCCAGUCACAGUUCUGAGAACUGUCCACAGCAGUCAAGGAAUAUUACAUCAUUUUUAAUUCUUCUGCCUUGUGCAAUUUGGUAUCUUUUUACGCCUCACUGCGGGAAUGCACAUGAAGAAGUGCUAAGACUUCUUAAAAAGAGCUGAUUCACUUUCUUUUCCGGACAAGGAAGUGUGUAACAGUAGGACUCUUCUGCGUCAUGCAUUGUCUUUGCUUGUGAAGCAACUAAGGCAAAGUUUUAAAAGUAAAGAAUUGGUGAUAAGAAAGAAUUGAAAUAAAAAAAAUGAGGUGAGGCCUCUUGGCAGAUUGUUUUUUCCAUGAGCAAGCCAUGCAGCAGUGUGAGACCAUCCUUUGCCUUUCGGUCUACAUCAUCACCUUCGUCACAGGCUUCCCAUGCAAUGUCCUGGCUUUCUACACGUUCAGUUGCAAGGUGUGGAGAAAGCCAGCGCCCAUAGACAUCCUCCUGCUCAACCUGACCAUCUCAGACCUCCUAUUCCUUCUCUUCCUGCCCUUUAAGAUGAAAGAGGUGGUCGAUGGCAUGCACUGGAACAUGCCGUACUUCCUGUGCCCACUGUCCGGCUUCAUCUUCUAUAUGACCAUCUACAAUAGUACGUUUUUUCUUACUGCGGUAAGUGUCGAGCGCUACCUGGGAGUUGCUUUCCCCAUCCAGCAUUCGUUGAGACGACGACCCUUUUACGCCGUGGUGGCCUCCGUCUUCCUCUGGGCGCUCUCCAUGCUCCAUCUUAGCAUUGUCUACAUAGUACCGUACUACGACCCAGCUGGGACAGGUCCACCACCCAGGAAUGUGUGCUAUGAGGAGUUCACUGAUGCCCAGCUGCGCAUUCUGUUGCCUGUGCGCUUGGAGCUGUGCAUUGUGCUGUUCGGCAUCCCGCUGCUCAUCUGCACUUUCUGCUACAUCAACUUCAUUCACAUUCUGUCACGUUUGCCAAACAUUGGCAGACGGAGGAAGCUUCGAGCCAUUGGACUUGCCUUGGGCACGCUGCUGGUGUUCGCACUGUGCUUUGGACCAUACAACGUCUCGCAUGUGGUAGGAUUCAUCACCAAAAGCAGCCCUGCAUGGAGAGACAAGGCACUGCUACUCAGCACUUUCAAUGCCUGCCUGGAUCCACUCAUAUUUUACCUGUCCUCGGCAGCUGUCCGGAGCAUGCUGGCAUCAAUGGCGCAGGUUGUGUGGCACAAAAUAAAGGCGUGUAACAGUGUUCUUUUCUGCCGGAGACUGGGAAAAGAUGGGCAUGAGAGUACUAAAAACUCAUUCCCAAGACCAGGCGAGAUUAACGCUCUUUGACAGAAAUUGGUGGCAAGAACAGGAUGGGACCACAUCCUUGUGUUUUCCACCAUCCUUUUGGAAAAGGCUGCAAUCAUUUCAGUGGAUUUAUACUUUAAUCCACAAAGGAACAAUUGCACAGCACCUGGAAUAGUUGGGGAUUUAGAACUUUGCUUGAAGACAAUAAAAAUCCACCCUUCGGAGGUUAUUUAUUUCUGGGAACCAAAUUCAGAUGUAAUACACAGUAAGAGCGAGAACUUUCUUAGUUCUUAGUCUUAGUGAGCAGACCUGGAACUGCUAACCCCAAACCUUAUCUACAACAACAUAUUUUAACAUGCCUGUAUGGCUUGAUGUAAGUAAUGCCCCUAUGUUUCCUGCAUAUGAUAAGGGCUUGGACAACAGGCCUCAUAUGGGAGCUUUAUUGGAGAGUCAGCAGCAAGAGAAGAUAUACAUCAUAUACAACCCAUUGUGUACACACGACAGCCAUACGGUAUAUUGAGUGUUUACAUACAGAAGACCUGUGGUUUAUGAAUGUUUAGCCUCGAAUAUGUUUUCUUGUGCUUGCUUCUUCAAGCCAGAAUUAAAGACAUGCACUGCACCGGGCAUAUUGAGCGGUGGGCAAACAAAAAAAAGGACCCUUCACCUGGACUGCUCAGUAUGAUUGGGUGGAGAUAAAGCACAGAGUCACAGUUUGUUCAGCGUGGAGAUAAAGGAUCUGCAAUAGCAGGCAGUACUUGGGUCAAUAGAACUCGCUCUUUCACCUGUUCCAGCUUAAUAUUUGCAGGUUAUUUGGUUCUUGGAAAAACGGACAAUAGAUGAUGGACUGAGAACUAACACCAGACGUUAUUUGAGAGAGAAAAGAAAAAAAGGAAUAUACUGUAGAGCAAACACACACACACACACACACACACACACACACACACACACACACACACACACAAAUAUUCAGGCUUUCAAUAUUUCAGAUUCUAACUUCAGUUCAGGAAAUGACAAGACCGGUAAACCUUUCAUACCUCAACCAAAAAAACAAAUCAAUAAAAAGCAAAGAAACGAAUAACAAUAAAACAUUAUACCUUGUUUUUAAUGAAAUUCUUCAAAUCUUACAGCAGCGAAGCCUGAUUAUCUUGUCAACCCUACCGCAAAGAGCAAUUCAUCAGGCGCAGCCUGAAAUUAGCUGUCAUUACCUAACGUGUUUAUUGGAGAACCAUGAGGAGUAUAUUGCUUAUUGUAAUGUCCGCCGUCCGUUUCUGGCCUCUACGGCAUCAUAAAAUUUUUAUCGUAUAUUUCCCUCUUGCUCAUAACCGUCUCGAAUCUCCCUACAGGAUACUGGUGCAUGAGUUAUGAUUUAUGAACCUAAUAAAUAUUUGGAUAAGGUUAUUGUCUUUGAUUGCUAAUCUUGGGUUGUGUGUGUAAGUGUGUGUGUAUACAGUAUGUGGGUUUGUAUGUGUGUGUAAAUGUACUCUACUAAGUAUGAGCAGUGAGAAACAAACGCACAUGAAAUACGAAUGCUGAAGCCAUAUAAAUGAUGAAAUUUAAGUUGAUGACUUGGGUAUUCACAUACAGAUUUAUGUGUGUAAUGCAUCAUCUCUUUUUCUAUGGAUGAGCCAAGGGGUUUAACCCUUCUAAAAAGGUUCUACAUGGAACCUUCAAAAAAAAAACAACCACAGUUUAUAUAUAAAUUUUUUCAUAAAAGAGUCUAUAGAGUGGUGCUUGAAAGUUUGUGAACCCUUUAGAAUUGUGUUUCUGCCUAAAUAUGACCUACAGCAUUGUCGGGUUUUCACACAAUUCCUAAAAGUAGAUAGAGAACCCAAUUAAACAAAUGAGACAGAAAUAUUAUACUUGGUCAUUUAUUUAUUGAUGAAAAUAAUACAAUAUUUCAUACAGUAUCUGUGGCAAACGUAUAGGAAACUUUGCUUUCAGGAUCUGGUGUGAGCCCCUUGUGCAGCAAUAACUGCAACUAACUGCAACCUGUGUCUCGUUUCACCCUGAUUCCCACCACAAAUUCUUUAUGGUUCUUGUUUUCGCUGUUUUUGUUUAUUUGUUUGCACUUUAUUUCGUAAAGGUCCGCACUCGCAUCCUUCUCCGCUAGAAUAGCAACAGAAUAAAUCAAUUUGUAUCUUGAAAAGAGUAAAGGCAACCUAAAACAGGCCAGAUAAUCGUAUUCGAUUUUUUUUUAUUUGAAAAAAAUCCUGAUAAGAAAUAAAAGGAAAUCAAGUUAAAGUAUCUUGAAUAAAUAAAUAAAUAAAUAAAUAAAUAAAAGUCCCAGUGCUGUCAAAUUCUCGACAUUGAUUGGUCAGAAGGUGUUGAUUAAAACAGCGAUUCUGACAGUAGUUUUUUUUUUUUUUUUUUUUGCAAAGACAUAAGACUAAACCAUAAUUAUCUUUAUUUAUUUAUUUAUUUAUUUAUUUACUUGUAAAUCAACCUAGAAAUUUCAAUUUAGUGAACUUUUUAACAGCCUGGCCAACCGUCAAAGCUUUGGCACCUAGAUGUUACAAGACAGCUUUAAUUAAACAUCAACAGUACAUAACAGAACGAGAUAAUGUUCCAGGAUCAAAUAAUUACAAUAAUGAUUAGGAGGCAUGUUUGCCAUCUUGUUUCUGUCACUAAGUACAACAUAUAAACACUGUCAAGGUGGAGAAAAGCAAAGUCUUUCUACUAGCCUACUACAUAUAUAGUGCUGUGAUUUCUUCUGUUUUUGGGUAUAUCUCAUAAAUAUGUUUCAGAAAUGAAAGCAAAAUCUAAGAUAAAACAAAGGCAAUCUGAGUAAACACUCAUUAAAGUUUUUAAACGAUAAUGUUAUUUAUUGAAGCAAAAAAAAGUUAUCCAAUACCAACUGGGCCUGUGUGAAAAUGUAUUUGCCCCCAUAGUUACUAAUUCUCCAAAUCCAUGAAACUGCAUUCAUAAUGAGGUUCAACUGGACUAGAUGCAACCAGGCCUGAUUACUGCAAACCCUGUUCAAUCAAAUCAACACUUAAAUAUAACUUUUUCAACAGCAUGAAGUUGGUUAAAAGGUCUUACCCAGUAACACACUAUGAGAAAGUUGAAAGAAAUUCCAGAGAUGAUGAGAAAGAACGUAAUUGAAAUACAUCAGUCUUGGAAGGGUUACAAAGCUAUUUCAAAGGCUCUGGGACUCCAAAGAACCACAGCGAGAGCCGUUAUCUCCUAGUGGAAAAAGUGAACCUGUGCACCGGUAGUGAACCUUCCCAGAAGUGUCCGACUUUCCAAAAUUCCUCCAAGAAUUUCCAAAAUUCUUCCAAAAUUCUUCCAAAACUUCCAAAAUUCCUCCAAGACUUCCAUCCAGGAAGUCACAAAAGAGCUAAGGACAACAUCAAAGGACCUACAGGCCUCGCUUGCAUCAAUAAGGGUCACUGUUCAUGACUCCACUAUCAGAAAGACACUGGGCAAAAAUGGUGUCCAUGGAAGACUGGUGAGGCGUAAACCAUUGCUAAAACAGAAAACAUUAAGGCUCAUCUGUAUUUUGCCAAAACACACCUUGAUGAUCCUCAAACCUUUUUGGGAGAAUGUUCUGUGACUGAUGAGUAGAAAGUGGAAUUGUUUGGAAGACAGGGGUCCCGUUACAUCUGGCGUAAACCAAACACUGAAUUCCACAAAAAGAACAUCAUACCUACAAUCAAGCAUGGUGGUGGCAGUGUGAUGGUGUGGGGAUGCUUUGCUGCUUCAGGGCCUGGGCAACUUGCACUAAUUGAGGGAAACAUAAAUUCUUCUCUCUACCAGAAAAUCCUAAAGGAGAAUGUCGAGUCUUCAGUCCGUAAGUUGAAACUCAAGCGCAACUGGAUUAUACAGCAAGACAAUGAUCCAAAGCGUAGGAGUAAAUCCUAAUCCUAGAAGUAAGUGAAAGUCUGAUCUCCAGUUAUCAGGAGCGUUUGGUUGCAGUUAUUGCUGCUGCAGAUGGCACAACCGGAUUGUAGGUUUAAGGGGGCAAUUAGAUUUUCACAUGGGUGAUAGAUGUUGGAUAACUUUUUUUGCGUAAAUAAAAAUAAAUAAAUAAAUAAACACUGUAUUGUGUGUUUACUCAGGUUGAAUUUGUUUUACGUUGUAUUUCAUUUGAAGAUCUAAAACUAUUUAAUAUGAGAUUUACACAAAAACAGAAUAAAUCAGGAUGGGGCAAAUAUGUAUACAUAUGAAUGUUUACAUUAUCACUUUAGGCAAAUACAGCUGCUGUUGGCUGUACACUGAUCCCAAACCAAUGCAAAAAUGCCCCUAAACAGCUGGCAGUAAAGAUAGCCAUUCAGUAAGAAUACAUCCUCAUUAUUACCUCAGGGGCAAAGAUGGUGUUGAAGUCGAGAAGAACCUACCUAGUGCAUUGUCCUAGUACAUCGACACUGAUCUCACAUUUGUGGGGACUGUGGAUGAACAACAGCUGUAAAAUACCAUACAGGAUGGAGGUCAUUUCUUCAUCUCCAUCAUUACUGUGUUCCUUCUCCUCAUUCAUCCUCAAAGCAUUAAUAUCACAUCCUGC